CUGCCCUGUUUAUGCGUGACGUCAGUGUUGUUGUUGUUUUGGUCGAGCAGCUGAAGUACAAGGGGAAAAGAAGUUUCAGUUAAAUGUGACAGUCUAGCAGAUCAGUCACCUACAUUCAUCCGUGACAAUCAGCAUGGGUGGCGCCGUCAGUACUGGCGCUGAUAACAAUGAACUGGUUGACAACCUGGUGGAAGCCGACUACAUCAAGAGUCCCCUCGUGGAGAAAGUGUUCCGUGCUGUUGACAGAGCCGAUUACUACGUUGAUGGGCACAGAGACAGCGCAUACAAGGACCUGGCAUGGAAACAUGGCCACCUGCACCUGUCUGCACCGUGCAUCUACUCGGAGGUCCUGGAGUCACUGCAGGUGAAGGAGGGCCUCUCCUUCCUUAACCUGGGCAGUGGCACUGGCUACCUUAGCACAAUGACUGGACUCAUCUUAGGGCCUUAUGGUGUGAACCAUGGUGUGGAGCUCUAUGAGGACGUGGUGGACUAUGCCCAGGAGAGGCUGGAGGAAUUCAAGAAGAGCUGUGAUGCCUUUGACGAGUUUGACUUCUGCGAGCCAAUGUUUGUGGUGGGGAACUGCCUCCAGAUCAACUCCUGCUGCCGUCAGUAUGACCGCGUCUACUGUGGAGCCGCCUGUCCGAAGGAACACGAGAACUACAUGAAGAAUCUCAUCAAUGUUGGGGGGGUGCUGGUUAUGCCCCUGAAUGAUCAGCUGCUACAGAUCCGCCGCACUUCGGAGACAACAUGGGAGACAAAGAACGUCCUUCCUGUUUCCUUUGCCACCCUUGUGUCUCCAUCAAAGGAGGAUGACAUGAUUGAUCUCCCUGAUGUGUCACUGCCGAUGCUGCAGGAAGUAUGUCGCAUCACCAUCAGGAAGAUCCUGCGUGUAAACAUCCUAGCCUCCUUUCCUCACCUCAAGAAUGUCCGCAAGAAGAAGCGUGAACCUGUCAAGAAACGUGCAGGCAAACAGAGACGUAUCAAUAUUGUGCCCAUGAGCAUGGGGAUGAUGAUCCUUGGGCAAUUUGAGGACAGUGAUGAUGAGGAGGGGGGUGACCCAGUUCGGUUGAUUCGCAGGCGACGCUUCCUACGCAGUGUUGCUGAUGCUGAGGAAGAGGAAGAGGAGGAAGAAGGCAUGGAGGAAGAUGGUGAGCAGAUGGAGGAUGGUGGGGCAGAGGGGGAGACUGAGAGGGAGGGGGAAGCAGAGGCUGGUGCCUCUGGAGACCAGCAAGUAAAGACCGCCAAAGCAAAGAGUGCCCCAACUAAAAACGGGGCUGCAUCCUCAGGGAGCCACGCCAGCUCUACUACGACCACCACCAACAGCAGCAGCAGACUUCAUGGUAUAGGCCGCUUUCUGGCCGAUGCCCAUUCCUCCGAUGAUUCUGACAACGACGAUGAUGAUGAUAAUGAUGAUGAUGAUGAUGAUGAAGGUGUUGACAUUGUGGAAAUGCUGCAGUUGAGCGAUGUUGCAAAAUCUGGACUCAGUCCCCCACGCAAGAUUCGCUGUUCAUCCAACACAAGUGCUGAUACAUCUGAAACAUCAGGCAUCGGGUCGCUAGGAGAUGACCCGCUGGAAGCUGACACGUCACAUGACAACAGUGAGAAGGCCUCUCCCGCCAGCAGCUUUGAGGGCUCCGCCAACCACCCCAUGGACUGCACAGAACAGGAGGACGGACGACCACGGGAAGUGGUGGGCACGAUAUUGAGGGAUAGGAUAGGACAGCUGCCGCUGCCUAUUGCACUGAAGACAUACCUGAUGUACUACCGCAACUAGCCACGCCCACCAAGUCAUGGUGUUUGAGGGUUGUAACAGCUGAUGGAUAAUGUUGGUAAAGUGUUCAAGCUCAAUCAUCUGAUUGCACUGUGACAGAUGUAAGGGACUGCAAGUUGUAUGGAUAUAACUCAAAUGAGAUGACAGCCAGGUUUCACAUGUUACCUGAACGGUGUCACGGCCAGCUUUCACAUGUUACCUGAACGGUGUCACGGCCAGCUUUCACAUGUUACCUGAACGG